CCUCGGCCGGGGAACCCAAAGAGGCGUAAGUGCGUGGAGCACAUGAGCACGAGUGGGAACAUUGGCGGUCCUCAAGCCCCAUUUCAAUGGUGCAUGGAAACUCGGUCCUCCGUCCAUUUAUUACCACCAAACGACAAAGGCUCACGUCUGACCGUCACGGAUAGGUAAAAUGCGGAGAGGAUCUUGUGCCAAUUGCGAGCCAGCAAAGAGAGAAAAGACCACUGCUUGUGACUGUGACUGUGAUGACGGCGACUGUUGGUGGCACUUUCAUCACGAAAGGAUCAUAAUGAUGCUUAAUAAAUUAUCAUCACCAGUUAUAUCUUCCAGGUUGACUCCCAAACACUGUUUCAGAGUCUUCAAUUACUGUAAGUCAAAUGACAGCAGUGGGCUGAGUGAUGGUAACUUAACUGACUUUACGGCCAACUCUGGCCAUGACUUCCUACGGAGUAUGUGGCUUUCCCACUCUUCCUGGCUGUCUCUUGUCCUGUGGCCAAUUCUUUACUCACGUUUUAGAUAGACACUUGCCAUAUUUACACCAUCUCCAUAUAAAGUGCAGACUACUGUAAACAAUCGGAGAGGGGGCAAAGCGGGUUCUAUAGUCUUGAAUACUUCUGGAACUUACCCAAGUAGGAGGGAGGUCUACAGAACUGUCAAGAGUCCAGUUCCCGUCUUCUGAUACCU